AGAACUGAAACGAAACAGCAAGAACACCACUGCCAGUGAAGUAGAGAUGACUGAAGAUGAACAAACCGUAAAAUCGCAACUGACGGAGAGUGGGUCACAUUUUACGGCAUCCUACUCGCGCCGCAACGAAAGAGCUAAUUCUAGUGAGAUGAGACAGCCUCUGCUGUCCUCUUCAUCUGGAAAUUUCGACGACAAGAAAUCAUUCGAAAUGCGAGACGCUGCUAGUAGCGGAGAUGAAUAUGUGACUAUCGAGAUUCCUCCAGUCCCAUCGUAUGGUGUUCCUGAUAAUGCCACUACAACAGCUUUGUACAUAUGCAAAGAGAAAGUUCUAAAGCCCUACAUGCAGUUUCUUAAAGUGUCUGGUUGGCGACCUUUGAUUACCAUCAUUUAUCCUUCUGUUUGGAAGAGAGUUGUAAAUUUCAUGUAUCCUGUUUUGGUUUUGUUCAUCAUCGUGCUUGGUUAUAUUGUCCAGUUUGCGGCUUGCUAUAGCAGAAGCAAUCCUGGAUACGAAUAUCGGAGAGGUGUAAACGGAAAGUACAUUGUGUCGUGUUACGACCAUAGCAUCAGUUCCUAUGCUAUACCUGAUGCACUACACAUUGCAGUGUAUUCCUACUGUUUCUAUCUUUUUCGUUGGGUUAAGACAGAGCAGCUGCAGAUAUUGAUGGAAAAGACUUUUCUUCAAACCAAGUCUGCUAAACAGAGGGGCUACCUUUCUCAAGGAAAAUUAACAGCUUCUCUCAGAUGGUUCUUAUGGAUUGGUAUUAUUUGGAUUUCAUUCUCCUUAGUAACCCAGACACUAGGUGUAGCCAGCAGAGCUAUUGAAAGCAAUCGAACAACAUUUGGAAGCAUUGACUUUACAUGGAUGAAGCUUGGCCAUAAUACUGGUGCUCAAUAUGCUCUAGCCAUCGUAAUGCUGCUUGCAUUCAUGGUUCUGGAUGUGGUCUAUGUUGGUGCUGUUGUGAACUACAUUACUCAGUGUAAUCUCCUCAUAUUUUUGAUACGUGGCAUAGCUGAAAGAGUAAGAGAGAAGACUCUCAGUUUGCAACAUGCCAUCAAGGAGUAUACCAGUGUAGGUGAACUGAUCAAGCAGUUGAAUAUAGAGUUGGGUAUUGCCGUAUCUAUACUUGAAUUCUUGGUAGGAUGGCUGACACUUUCCGCGUGGUUGUCAUUUAGCAAGAAUGUGGUUAACUCUAGUGGGUUGCUUGCAGCAUCCAUGGUUAUGAAUGUUCUUCAGUGGACACCUAUGGCUCUUCUUCCAUUUAUUUAUGCAGCCAGACUGUCAAAUGCUUGUGAAACAAUUCGAAAGAUAGGUCUUGAGAUUAGAGCACGACCAUUUGGCUACCAGGAUGCAGCACAAGAUGAUCUUGAUUCUUUUCUGUUAUUUACAUCAUCAUUUUCACCAAGGGCCAAGUUGUUUCGAGUUCCUAUCUCAGCUCCAUAUCUGUGGGGAGCACUUGUGUUAUUUUGCUUCAUAAUAUUGCUGCUUGGUCAACAAGGAUUCCUUCCAUCAGGAGUUUUUUGAAAUGGUUUUAAUGGAACAUUUAGCUCUUGCAGUGUUUGCUUGAAGUUGUCAACAAUUCCAGAUUUGUUCAAGUCUUGUAGAGUUUGAUGCUUUGAUUAUGAGUUACUUUACUAGGCAUGUGUGGAUGCAGUACUGUACAGUGUGUGGUUGUCUUGUAGUUGAUAGUGGCUUGUGAUUCUAGUAUAAAUUGCAAACCAGCUACAGUUGCCAUAUGAUUAUCUAUCAACUUACAGUAUAAAUGUAUUAUUUUUGUGAUUUAUCAUGACAGGUUGUGAAUUAUAUAUUAGAUACUCAUCAUGAAUAUUGACAUCAC